CUUGUACCGCAAGAAAACACCAUAUCCGUCUCUAUACUACUGAACACAGCACGAGCACAGCAUAUCAAGCAAUACAAGUCCUGCCCCUCUAGCAGACAUCACCUUUCAGUACUCACCUCCAAGUGGCAUCAUGAAGUCCGCCCUCGUUUUCAAAGCCUCCCCAACAACCCUCUCCGUCAAAAUCCAAGAUAUCCCCAAACCCGUACCCGAAGCCGACCAAGUCUUAAUCAAAGUCGUCGUAGCCGGCACAAAUCCCAAAGACUGGAAACUCCCGCUAACCGUCAAAGGCCAGUCCGGCACGAACUCAGGCGACGAUGUUUCCGGGUACGUUGAGGCGGUAGGCCCAAACGUUACAGGAUUCAAACAGGGCGACCGCGUCGCCGCGUUCCAUGAAAUGACAAAGCCGCACGGUGCGUUCGCCGAGUACGCCAUCGCCCCGGCCAAGACGAUCUUCCACAUCCCUGAGUCGACAUCGUUCGAAGAAGCUGCUACCAUUCCACUGGCUGCGAUGACUGCUGCAGUCGGGUUAUUCUGCCGACUUGACCUGCCGGAGCCGUGGGUUGCAGGACCCAGAAGGGACACUUUGAAGGGUGGUGUUGUCGUGUACGGCGCAAGUGGUGCGGUCGGCGCGUUCGCAGUCAAAUUGCUUGUCCGGGCCAAGAUCCAUCCUAUCAUCUGUGUCGCAGGACGUGCGUCGUCAUUCGUUGAGGGUCUGAUCGAUCGGUCCAAGGGCGAUACGGUGAUUGACUACCGCAGUGGCGCGGAUAAAGUCGUUGAAGCGAUACGCCAGGCUUUGCCCAAGGGUCAGAAGCUGAUGUAUGCUUUUGACGCUGUCAGUGAGAAAGGAAGUUAUCAGCAGAUCAUCAAGGUCUUGGACCCGCAGGGGCACAUCACGCUGGUACUGCCGGGGAAGAAGUAUGAAGGGAUACCGGAGACGGUACAUAAGACCACCACGACGGUCGGUGCUGUGCAUGGGUUUCCUGAUGAUCUGACUGACUUUGGGUAUGCUUGGUUCCGCCUUUUCGGGUUGGGACUGAAAGAGGGCUGGUUUAGUGGUCAUCCCUUUGAGGUCGUUCCUGGGGGGUUGGGAGGUGUGCAGACGGGGUUGCAUAAUUUGAAAGAUGGUAAGGCGAGCGCGGUCAAAUAUGUAUAUCACAUCGAAGAGACUGAGGGUUUGAAAAAAACCAAGCUCUGAGCGGA